AUGAAGCUUCUCUCUACCUCGCGAUGUGCCGAGAGAAAACAUAAGACCUGCCCAAUGGCAGCUAUACCUGAAACGAUCGAUCCUUCUAGGCUUGCUGACAAUGUACUUGAGUAUUUGAGUGAGCAUAUUGAAACUCAUUAUAGAAUUGCCGUGCUCAUAGUUGGUCCCCCCGGAUCGGGAAAAUCAACUGUCAGCGCCCAGUUAUGCAACGAAUUAAAUGCCAGAUACCAGGAAUAUUUUGGUUCGAAGAAUACUCGCAAAGCGCAAUUGCUACAGACUUUCGAUGCCACUUCUCAAAGAGACUUUUUAUGCCGCAAUAUACCAGUCUUCUCCGCCGAAGAUACUCAAAAAGCGAUAGGGCCAUCAUUCGACCAUAUCGAAGACUUAAAAUUUAAACCUCAUAGAUUCCAAAACAUUGCUAAUGACUCUGAGAUCAUUGUUAGCCGUGGAGGACUUUCAAAUAGUAUCAGAAUCGCUGCAUCUGGUCCAAGGAGCAUGGCGGAAGGAGGUCAACUCGCACAGAUUGUUCCUAUGGACGGAUUUCACUUGUCGCGGGAGCACCUCGAUCAUUUUAGCAACCCUCAGGAAGCACAUAACCGUCGAGGAUCCCCUGAAACGUUUGAUAGCAAUAACUGUUUGCAACUAUGCAGAAUUCUUGCUGAGAGUUGUCAAAUUACACCACCCGUUCAGGCAAAAUGGGAAGGGGAGCUCUUUGACAAAAUAAAUUCAUCCUUUAGUGACACGGUUCCGUCUAUAUAUAUUCCGGGGUUUGAUCAUGCGCUGAAAGAUCCAACUAUGGAUGAGCACUGCGUAGACGCAUCAACAAGGAUUAUCGUCAUCGAGGGCCUUUACUUACUUUUGAAUGAGGAAAACUGGAAGGAUAUAUAUCCCGCCUUCAAAAAGACCAAUGCAGUAUUAGUCUGGAAACUGGACCUUCCCGUUGACGAACUCGAACGGAGAGUUGCUAAGAGACAUGUUGAAUCGGGGCUGGCGCCGACGCUAGAAUCUGGCAUUAAUCGUUUCAGAGAGAACGACUUUAUGAAUGCUAUAAAAAUUAGAGAGCAAAGUAUAGAAGCGGACGACAUACUGACAUUAUCUAAUAUCUGA